AUGAAUUCCGGGAGCCAUAUAAACCGGUGUGCCACGAAUUAUUUCUUCCGUACGAGACUGUAAAAUCGAUUGCGUUUGGGCGUCUAGCGAUCUACUUAAACCAAAAUCCGUCAGCUUGCAAACAACCGGGCAUUCUGCAUAAAUGUGCGAAACGGAUUCUUUGUCUUCGUGGCAAUAAUGCUGGUUGGUUAUUAACACGUUGUUCGCUUUCAGAUCUCUGUGUGCGAUAUCACGCUUGUGUAGAUAUUCGAGGGCGUUAACAACAUCUUUCACGCAGACAACGAGAACAUCAGCAAACGAGUCAAAGUUCCAUUCAUCAUCAACAAAAUGGCAGAAAUCUUCGAAGUUGCUAACUUGUUUUUCAAGUCCGAAUGGUUGGAAGUCAAGCAUUACGUAAUCCAUCAUGAUUGCAUAAGGACUAUCCGAAAAGCCGAGAAAUGCAGGUAUAUUUGCAUGCGUAAUUCCAAGAAGCAUUUUGGCUUCUUUUAUAAAGCGGCUUUUAGCGUCACCAGAUUCGCUCUUAAGCUUCUUUAUAACCACGGUCUUCUUGUCUUUUCCAUAUGUCCCGCAAUGGACGGAACCGAAAGUGCCACUACCGAGCUCUUCUACAAUUUUAAGUAAUUUCCAAUCAAAUGGAGGCAGACCAUGAUCUAUUCGCCUUCGCUUUAUUAGCGAUGGCAUUUUAAAGCUUCCAUGCACUCCAGACAUCAUGAAUGUCAGCAGGAAAAAGCGACUGGCAAACGUGUUACCGCUAUUAUAUUUGACAAUCACAAUCAAAGCAAUGAAAUAUCAUAUUACAUCAUGAAUGUCAGCAGGAAAAAGCGACUGGCAAACGUGUUACCGCUAUUAUAUUUGACAAUCACAAUCAAAGCAAUGAAAUAUCAUAUUACAUCAUGAAUGUCAGCAGGAAAAAGCGACUGGCAAACGUGUUACCGCUAUUAUAUUUGACAAUCACAAUCAAAGCAAUGAAAUAUUAUAUUACAUGUAAGUGCCAACAAAAAAUGGCGACAAUGCAUACCGAAACUCUUUAAUUUAGCGCAAUCAUGGCUAUUACACAUUCGCUUUAGUUUAUAUCCUGCGUGAAGUUUACAUUAAAUGCCCGUUUAAAAGUAUUAAACUGGGUUUUUUUCACGACUUCGUGUCCUGCAAUUUUGGUGUGACGUCAAACUUUCGAUUAAGCUUCAUUUUCUUUUAUUGCAUAAAUUGUAAAUUGAAUAAAAUUUUUAUUUAAAUUUUUAUAAAAUUUUUAUCGGAUUCCCCGAUUCCCCGUUCCCUGUUUUAAAGAUAGCCUAUACUGACAAGACGUGAUAAUCUGUAUUUAGCCGAACGCCAACGGAGGCCGUCUAAAACGUAUAUGUGGCCUGUGGGAUUUUAAUUGUAAAUUUCUGCUCAUUUUCAAUUUUCAUGCAUUAAUAUAUUAUUAAUAGCUGUCCUCGAUGAUACUCGAUAUAGCAGGAAUAUUCGGGGUAUACCGACAUACCGAAAAUAUCGGUAUUGAAACCAAAAAUAUCGCCUAUCCGGCUAUCUCGGUACGACUGAGUUUUUCAGUCAUAAUAACCUAUUUAUAUACCGUAUCAAAUUUACACACCAUGUAUAUGGCGAAAUCAUCAAUAUUUGUUUUUAUACUUAAAUGCAAAGUACCUAAACUGCUAAAGUGUAGACAUUUCAUGUUAAAACAGUGACAAGUGUCAGCAGACAACAGCUUCAAAAUCAUCAUAAACGGUAUUUCCACUUUCCGAAUUAUUCAAAAUCAAAAUUUACUUCAAAUUUCCACAAAGGAAUUUCGUAUCUAAUUUAAAAGGCGAAAAACCGGUAUAUCGAUACCAGAAAAUUCUCAUCCGAACAUUCCUAAACGAUAGUUUUUUCACAGAUUAAAUUGUAUGACAGGGCCUUAGCUUAAAAGUUCCUUUUUCGUUAUUUUAGGUAUCCCAAUGUGGUGUUCCUCAGCGUGGAAAAACAGAAGCAACUUGGUUAUAGAACUACGGCGUUCCUGCCUUAUAAGAGCUAUUCUCGCAAAACAAUUGGCUACCUUUACGCUAUCGAACAUGGCGCAAAAAUAAUUUACGAGACGGACGACGACAACUACCCAUACAACGGCAACAUUGGCUUCAGGCCAAAGGGGAUCGGCACGUUUUUGGUAUACUCCAGUGAUCACGUGGUUAUAAACCCAUACGAGCACUUUGGUCAAUCGAGUAUAUGGCCACGGGGGUACCCUCUGGAGAACAUAGGCGACCCCGCACAACACACGUUUGUAAAAUGUGGUGAGGUUAGGCCACUGAUACAACAAGGCGUUGUCAAUGGAGACCCGGAUGUAGACGCAGUGUUUCGAUUGACUCGUAAGGAUGCUGGAGUUAAACUUGAUGUCGAAUUCGAUUCAAAAGCCCCUCCGGUUUUGUUACCUCCAGGAAGUUAUGCCCCUUUUAAUUCGCAGAAUACUUUGUUCCUAUAUGACGCGUUUUGGGGCCUGAUGAUGCCGCCCGGUCCCGCAAUGCGAGUCACGGAUAUUUGGCGGGCUUAUUACGAUAUACGCCUUUUGCAAGAAAUUGACGGUUAUCUGGCGUUUUUCGGCCCGAAUGCGUACCAAGAAAGGAACUCUCAUAGCUACCUUGACGAUUUUAUCGACGAAAAAGCGUUAUAUCAUGACGCAAGGCGAUUUAUCGAUUUCCUCAGAAAAUGGAAGCCGACAAAAUCGGACUUUUUUAAUCGUAUUAUGGAGUUGACAGUGGCUUGCGUAGAGGAAGAAUUCUUAAAGCCAAUUGAUGCGAUCGUUAUGAAGGCAUGGUUGUCUGAUCUCGUCAGCAUGGGUUAUAAAAUACCACAAAUGAGCACUCCAAAAGUUCCAUGUAAAAAGGUGUUGGAACCUGCGAAAGUUCUAAAGUUUGAAGAAAAACCAUCGUCUUAUAAUCACUUGGGGAAAACACUCAAAAAUAUUUUUUAA